AUGGCCAUGUUUGCUAGUAACAUCUUAACCGAAGGUCCAGUGGCCCUCAUCGGGGGACCGAGUUCCGGCAAAUUUGCUGCUUGCCAGAUUGAAGCUGCUCUUGACGAUGGCGGAAGAGGACAUUCCAGAAUGGAUACCUUUGCCGACUAUAUUGGAUAUCAAGAAUUCUUUCUUGAAAGAACCAAGUACAACUUAGGGUAUCCAGCUAAUUUGGAGUUCGAUUACGGCGCUCUUAGUCAAUUGCAACCCUUCACCAUCAACAACGCGGGCGAUCCAUUUAUUGAAGGGAACUACUGUAUCCAUUCAAGACAGUUUGAAGUUGGGGUCCUGGAUUGGUUCGCCGGGCUGUGGGAGAUUGAAAAGGAUGAGUAUUGGGGUUACACCACAAGCGGUGGAAGUGAAGCGAAUCUUCACGGAAUCCUCAUUGGAAGAGAGCUCUUUCCGGAGGGAAUCUUGUAUGCAUCAAGAGAUUCUCAUUAUUCCGUCUUUAAGGUUGCACGAAUAUGCAGAUUGGAUUGCGUAAAGGUGGAUACUCUUGUCACAGGAGAAAUAGACUGUGCGGAUUUUAAGAGAAAACUAGCCAUGAACAAGAACAAGCCCGCAAUUAUCAAUGUCAACAUAGGAACAACGGUCAAAGGUGCUGUGGAUGAUCUCGAUCUUGUCAUUCGGACCCUUGAAGAAACCGGGUUCACCCGGGACAGGUUUUACAUCCACUGCGAUGGAGCAUUAUUCGGAAUCAUGAUGCCAUUCCUGAAACAUGCGCCACAAGUUUCAUUCAAGAAACCUAUUGGAAGUGUAAGUGUUUCGGGCCACAAGUUCUUAGGUUGUCCGAUGCCAUGUGGUGUGCAGAUUACGAGAUUGGAGCACAUAAACGCGCUUUCGAGCAAUGUGGAGUAUAUUGCUUCAAAGGACGCCACAAUUACAGGAAGUAGAAAUGGUCAUGCUCCGAUCUAUCUGUGGUAUGCUCUCAACCGGAAAGGACAUAAAGGGUUAAAGAAAGAUGUUUUACAGUGUGUUAAGAAUGCUCAAUACUUGAAGGACCGUCUUAGACGGGCCGGGAUCAGUGCUAUGCUCAAUGAUCUGAGCAGUACCGUUGUUUUCGAGCAACCGCGGGAUGAGGGGUUUGUUCGUCGGUGGCAACUUGCUUGUGAGGGAAGAAUCGCGCAUGCGGUUGUGAUGCCGAAUAUAACAGUUGAGAAGUUGGAUGAGUUUUUGGAGGAACUUAUAAAAGGACGAUCUUCAUGGUACAGAGAUGUCAAAGUCCAGCCUCCUUGUCUUGCAGAGGUUAUUGGACCUGCAAAUUGUUUAUGUCCUCUUCAUAAGUGAUCAAGGGAUCUUAAGUUUUUAAACUUUGUUGGUUGUUCUCAAAUGUGGUUUAAUAAGAGAAAACAACUGCUUGGAAAUGUUUUUUCUUUCAUUAGUCUUUGUUUCUCAAGCUCAACGUGCUGUUUACUUUAAAGACUAGGGUUUGUAAGAGGGCUAGCUUUACUCUAG